CGGUCACAUGACCGUGACGUCAGCUCAGGUCCUAGAGCCCACCACUAGGAUCUAGCUUCCAGCCUGGAUUUAAAGGCUCCGUGUGAGCCGGAGAUAAUGCAGCAGGUUGGAUAGGGGAUUUUACUGCAAUGUACGUACGUAUUUAAAUGAGUGUAUAGAAAAAAACGAGUGACAGGGUGAGACAUGAGCAGAGUGAGAAGAUCUAACCAGCAUCAUCCCACAGCAUUCUGAUAGAAGAUCUAGACAACCAGUGGUCCUCUUCAGAAUGACCUCUCCUCAGUGGAUAGCAGUAAAGCCGGUAAUGACACAUUGCUACGUCCUAUACAAAACCAGACCCCGGAAGUCUGUAUGGUCCCAUGUGUUUCUAUGCGCUUCUGAAUGUCAGCACCAAACCCCUCGUAGCUACUAAUACUCUGCUUAGAUGUCUAAAGAGAACAGGCAGGAUCAUGUUGUCUUGUUCACCAAUUCAUCCAUAUUAACCCGCAUGGUGUGGGCCCCUCCUAGAACUUCCAGUCCUUGUUGCAUUGCAUCGUCUUACAAACCAGACAGCGCCUGGACAAAAAUGUCUGCACAGUGGUUGACUGACUGGACCUGUUUGCUGAAGGGACUUCGUGAUCUGAUAGCUGGUUGCAUCCAAGCUGUGCGUGACUGCAAUCCCUUCGCUCUAACCACCGUUAUCUGCCUCCUGCUCUUGUUUGCAUGGUAUUGUUACCGAGUAGGCAAGGACCAACCCCGUUCUCCCUUUGCCACUGUGAAUUUACUCAUCCAGAGUUCAGAUGCCAAAGGCUUGCAGAACGGGUUUGCUUAUUGUCACUCACGUGAGUGUGUACGCUGUACGCAUAAUGAUGGACUGAACCAAAAACUCUAUCACAAUCUGCAGGAAUAUGCCAAAAGGUACUCCUGGUCCGGCAUGGGCAGAAUUCACAAGGGCAUCCGCGAACAAGGUCGCUAUUUAAAUGACAGGCCAUCCAUACAAAAGCCAGAGGUUUUCUUUCUUCCAGAUUUACCCACUUUGCCGUAUUUUCCACGGGAUGCUCAAAAGCAUGACGUGGAGCUGCUAGAACAGAACUUUGCUACCAUUCUUAGUGAAUUUGAAGUCAUCUACAAAGCCUUUUCAAACUGCAACUUGCCUCAAGGUUGGAAAAUAAACAGUACUCCCACCGGAGAAUGGUACACAUUUUAUUUAGUCAACCAAGGUGUGUGUAUUCCUGCCAAUUGCAAGAAAUGCCCACGGACGUAUCGUUUGCUUGGAAGCCUCCGUACCUUUAUUGGCAACAAUGUGUUUGGGAAUGCUUGUAUAUCUGUGCUUACUCCGGGGGCCGUCAUCACAGAGCACUAUGGUCCCACCAACAUCAGGAUAAGAUGCCAUCUUGGUCUACGGAUCCCAGCUAACUGUGAACUUGUGGUAGGUGGAGAACCUCAGUGUUGGGCAGAAGGACAUUGUCUUCUUUUUGAUGACUCUUUCCUGCAUACAGCAUUUCAUGAAGGAUCAGCUGAGGAAGGACCUAGAGUCAUUUUCAUGGUUGACCUGUGGCACCCCAACGUGGCCGCAGCUGAACGCCAAGCCCUGGAUUCCAUAUUUGCUCCUGGACGCUGAUCUAAGAAUACCACUUUUGCAACAAAACCUCUAUGCUCAUGGGAUAUUGCCCCCCCC